UUAACGUAUUGAAUGUGACGUUAAACUCCGCCUCCACACGUCUCCUCCACAUCCACCCGGUGGUCGUCGAUGACGCGUUACACCCGGGCUGUGGCUCACGCUCACUUGCCGUUUAGUAUCCUUCCUCGUCGGUCUAUCGUCGUGUGUUUACGUCAAAAGCCCUUCCAAUAUCAAUCCAUCGAUUGUGCCCUUCGAUAGUGUGUCCAGUGCUGUGUUCCUAAAAAAAAACAUCAAACAACAACCAAUUGAAAAUCCAAUCAAGCCAAAUGAAAACAUAUCACCUGUUCUAAUCCAGGAUAAGAACAAAUUCCAAGGUGGUGAUAGCAGAACAUUUGGAUUAAUGAAUGUUUAUGCAUGAAGAUGUAACAUCAUUUAAAUUAUUGAAUUAUUAAAUAUUUUGAGAAUUGUGAGAGUGCGGAAGUCUAGUGCGACUUGAAGAACAUUUUAUUUGAAUUUAAAUUGAAGAAAAACGAAUAGUGUAAAUGCAGUAUUUUUUUUCUUUAUGAGUCUGUUCGCCCCUAAUCGAGGGAGAAUGGUGUCCCAUUCAUUAGCAGUUGCAGGGGAUAUGCAACAGGGAAUCGGAAGUUCGAGUCUUGUUGGAAUGCAGGAUUCUCCUCACUCCUUGAAAAUAAAGCAGGAACCCUUCCAAUUAUCUCCAACUUCGUCACUCCAUCAAGUGAGUAAUUUUGCAUCGGAGAUGUCUCCAAGUAUAAUGCCAACGUCUUCAUCGAAGGAGUUGGACGUAAAUUUUGCAAGAUCUCUGACAGCCCACCACCUGUCGGCUACCCAUCAUCACCACGAGCAUCACAGCCCCAGAUCAGGGAUUUCCAUCCACUCAUCCACAUCUACACACCUCAGCCAUCAUUUGGACAAGGGAUCAUCGCCCCCAGGACUUCAUAACUCAACAAACAGUAAUUCCUCGACACCAAGUGCAUCCUCAACACCGACAGCAUCCACCGAGACAGGGAACAUAACUCCCAAUGGCAACGAGGCGUCAUCAACAACUGUUAAGCCACCGUUUAGUUACGUUGCUCUCAUUGCAAUGGCUAUUAAUCAUAGUCCACACAAAAGAGCUACUCUCAGUGAAAUUUACUCUUACAUCACCACCAAGUUCCCUUAUUAUGAGAAGAACAAGAAGGGUUGGCAAAACUCAAUUAGACAUAAUUUGUCCCUUAAUGAGUGCUUCCUCAAGGUACCCAGGGAAGGCGGUGGCGAGAGGAAGGGCAACUUCUGGACAUUAGACCCCCAGUAUGACGACAUGUUCGAAAAUGGCAACUACAGGAGACGAAAGAGGAUGAAGCGACCGUACAGAAGUGCAUCGUAUCAUAAGUCAAUAUUUGGUGAAACAUAUCCCUCGACUCAUGUGCAUCUCGGUGCAACCAGGAAUUUAUUCGGCCACUCUCCACCUUCUUACACACCCACUGCCUACAGUAGAUACGAUACAAGCACAUGGGGUCUCCAGCAACCUCAGCUGUCUUACAGCCACUGCCAAGCGCUUCAACCUCAACUACAACCGAUGCAAUCAAUGCAAAUACCAACGAUGAAUGGCUAUGGCCAAUUCAACACCUUGAGGUUUCAAGGCAAUUACCUUGACGUUUCAGGCGGGAGUUCUGGAUCACCAGGUGGAAUGGCCGGUGGAACUUUUGCUAGUAACUUUGGGGCGUGUGCGAGACGACAUGACGGCUAUUGGGGAGACAUGGUACCUGUUAAAGAAGAGCCAGGCACCUCGACAGUGACUUCGGCUGGUGUAGGGUCUCUAGGAGUCGGCGGAUCUGUCAUGAGUCCAGGCAUGUCCUCCACAGUUUCAUCGUCUGGUUUUUCCACCGUCGACUUUCAGGCUCGAUCAAAGUGUUACAUGUAAAUCUCUCUAAGAAAAAAGCUCUAUUGAAAAUUCAGUUUUUCAAUUCUUUUCAAUAAAAACCGUCGCAUCCGGUAUCCGACGGCCAAUGCAGUCCCAAGACAUCCAAAGACUUCUCCAAAUCAAAAUGAAAAUACUGAAAUAACCAGAAUAGACGUAAACUUCGUGAUUGAGUUGAUUCUCAUUUGGGAUAAAUCUAUCGUAGCGAAAAUAAAAACGUAAGAGCUGUAAUCGAAAAUGUGAUGUCAGUAAAGCUCUUGUAAAUGUGUAUGUUCGGUACAACCGAGUUCUCUUCAUGUAGUGAAUGUAAGUUUUAUUUAAGAUUAGGGAUAAUUAUCUAGAUGAGAAUUUCGAUUUUUCUUUUUUUUUCUUUUUCUUUUCGAAGAUCUCCUAGUUAUUUCGUAUUUUUUAUUAUGAUUAAUUAUCAUAUUAAUAUUUCAAGAGAUUAGAAAUGGAGAGAACCUGUAAGAAUCUCAUAAUGUAUCAGUGUAAUCUAUUGGAAUAAAUAUGAUUUAUUUAUCACUCA